UAUUCAGUGAGGAGUAUACAGUCCAGAGCUCAGUGCACAGGCUGAAGAACUUCACUCUACAACAGACUGAGAAACAGCCGAGUGCUUUCAGUAAUAGGUUGGUGCUGAAGUGGGUAACUCACCGUGUGUGUGUGUGUGUGAGAGAGAGAGACAGUGGGAAGGAAUAAACAAAGUUUUGAUCCUCCUUACUUCAGAAUAAAACUUCUUUUUGAAAUCACCUGCACUCCCCCAUUGAAAGUUCAAGCUGUUUGCAGCAUUGAAGAGGUUAUAAUUGCCUAUUACUUCCAGAAAGGCUAAAAGAAGGAGUGAUAGCACACGGAAUGUGGGCGAUGGAUUCUCUCUCAGUGGCCUUGCUAUGUGCUGCCCUGGCACAUGCUGGUUGCAGUGGGCAAGCAAGAGGGACGGAGGGAGGCCGCAGGAGGCUCGGUAAGGUUCAGCACGGAGCCUGCAGCUACACCUUUGUCCUGCCUGAACCGGAGGGGGGCUGCCGCGGGUCUCCGGAACAGCCCAGCAGCAAUUCCCUACAACGGGACGCACCCCUAGAAGACCAGGAGUGGCCCUCGCAGAAGCUGCAGCAGCUGGAGAGCAGAUCGGACAACAAUACCCAGUGGCUACGCAAGCUGGAGAAUUACGUCCAGGAGAAUAUGAAGGCAGAGAUAGUUCAGAUCCAGCAGACUGCUGUCCAGAACCACACAGCUACUAUCCUGGAGAUUGGCACCAGUCUGCUGAGUCAGUCAGCAGAGCAAACACGCAGACUCACAGACGUGGAAACACAGGUCUUGAACCAAACCUCAAGGCUCGAAAUUCAGCUUUUGGAAAAUUCCUUGUUUACAUAUAAGCUGGAGAAACAGCUGAUUCUUCAGACCAAUGAGAUCUAUAAGCUGCAUGAUAAGAACAGCUUUCUGGAACAGAAACUUCUAGACAUGGAAGGCCGGCAUAAAGAGGAGAUUGAGACGUUAAGGCAGGAGAGGAGCAGCCUCCAGGACCUAGUCCUCCGUCAGAACCGGGUCAUCGAUGAGCUGGAGGCAAGACUGAACCGAGUUACUGCCAACAACACCAGCUUGCAAAGACAACAACGAGAGUUGGCUGACACGGUGCAGAAUCUCCAGAAAUUGGUCUCGCAGGGAGGAGGAGGAGUUGUAAUGAAAGGCACUAAAGAGGAGAAACUGUUCCGGGACUGCGCAGAAGCCUAUCAGAGCGGUCACAACACAAGUGGGGUCUACACCAUUCGCAUCAAUAACAUGUCGGAGCCUAAGAAGGUGUACUGUAACAUGGAGACAGCAGGAGGUGGGUGGAUGGUCAUACAGCACAGAAGAGAUGGUAGUGUAGAUUUUCACCGGACCUGGAAAGAAUAUAAAAUGGGCUUUGGGAAUCCAGCUGGAGAAUACUGGCUCGGCAAUGAGAUGAUCUUCCUUCAAACAAACCGACGACAGUACUCACUGAGAAUUGAUCUGAGAGAUUGGGAGGGAAACCAGGCCUAUUCCUUCUAUGAGAAGAUGCAAGUGGCAAGUGAAAAAGAAAACUACAGGCUCUUCCUGAAAGGAUACAGUGGCACAGCAGGCAGGCAGAGCAGUUUGCUUUUACAUGGAGCAGAUUUCAGCACCAAAGACAUGGAUCAUGAUAAGUGCAUCUGCAAGUGUGCGCAGAUGUUAACAGGAGGCUGGUGGUUUGAUGCUUGCGGACCCUCCAAUCUCAAUGGGAUUUAUUACUCGGCAGGACAGAAGCUGGGCAAGCUGAAUGGCAUUAAAUGGCAUUACUUCAAAGGCCCGAGUUAUUCCUUACGCACGGUCACCAUGAUGAUACGGCCUUCGGGUUUUUGAACCAAACGGCUCGAGCCAAACCCCAGUACUAACCUGAAACUAGAUCAGGACAAUUCCAGGAGCCACCUUCCUCCAGAACCUUCCUCUCUCUCCAGCAUCAAGAAUUAGUGAAAGAACUUUGACUCGCUGCAUUCGCUCCUUUACCCAGCAUGCCCAUGCUCAUAUUGACCCUUACUGAUUUUUUUUAAACAUCUGUUUAUUUGCCGUUGCAGCAGUUUGGCAGUUUGGAACUAGUAAGGGGAAGAAGAAGAGAAAGAAAAAAAAACUUUUCAUGUUCGAAUUGAUGCAAAACUGCCAAAUAUUAGUACCUUUAUUGCUGUGAUUUUACCUCCCAAUAUCUUUCACAAUUGACGGAUCUUUGAGGGAUAGGCCCCUCUUGCCUAGGAGCAGUAAAAGGUUCCUUUUUGGAAGUUCCAUAUGAAAGGGAAGAAAACUAAUGGGGAAUGAGGGGUGGGAACUGGGAGGGGCUGGUCAAGGAGGAGGCAGAGAUGGAUCCACCAGCACUUUCAUGAAAUGGCUAAUUGCUGUAUAAUAAUGAAAAGCAAACUCAAAGCCAGAGUGCAAAACCUGUGGGACCAGUCAUGACAUCUAUUAGCUCUGCGCACAACCUAUUCAUGAUAAAAUCAGGCUGCAGUACAUCACAGUGGUUCAAAAUAUGAUUCGAACUAGGUUUACCCCAGAAAGGAGAAGGGAAACAUUUUAUAUGACGCCAAUUAAUUUAACACAUCGAAAUAAGAAAAUCUGCAGGCACUGUGUGAUCAAUCUAUGGUUUUCAAUGUGACUGCUAAUAUUUGGGUUGCUUUUUCUCUUCACAGUUUCCUGGCUUGAUUCUGAUAAUGAAAGACUCAUUCAUAAAUGAGCAAAGCAUUGAGAUUUAAAAAUGAGCAGGAUAAAUCAAUACAUAAUUGUAUUACAUCAAGCAAGGUCCAGCAAUACAUUGGGCCUUAGUUUGCCCUAGAUCUCCAGCCCAGAGGCUGAGGGCUAAUUGGGAACAAACACCGAGAAGCAGUAUAACUAUUUGCUGAUGCAGCAUCCCUUGGAGAUCCAUCCAUUCCUCAUCAGCUUGACAGCCAGAAACCUGGAAUUCCAGGAUUUUGCUUUAUUCAGUGCACUUCCUGAGGCGAAUACGAAUGAAGCAGGGGAAUUUGAUCAUGUCUUGUUUAGCGCUCCGGGAAGAAAAGGGGAAGCAAUAGCCUAGUGGUAUUAUUGCUGGACUCUUAGUCCAGAGACCUAGGUAACAUCCUGAGGACCAGGUUCACAUCCUGCAAUGUCAGAUGGUGGAAUUCGAAUUCAAUUAAAAAAAAACGCCUGGAAUUCAGAAUUUGAUGACUGUGAAUCGAUUGUCAAGAAAAAACCCUUCUGGUUUACUGAUGUCCUUUAGGGAAGGAAAAUGCUGUCCUUACCUGGUCUGGACUGCAUAUGACUCCAGAUCCACAGCAAUGUGCUUGACUCUUAAUUGCCCUCUGGCCAAUUAGGGAUGGGCAAUAAAUUCCACUGACACCCUCAUCCAAUGAAUAAAAAAAAAUUGGGUGAUUUGAGAGGUUUUGCUUCCACCUUCCCAAGCCACACAUCACAGACAUUGGCAGCAAGCAGGAAUCACCAACCUCAUACACGUGCACACACGCACACCCGCUCUGUCUCUUUCUACUCCAUAGCCAUGUUAUCUCCUGACACAUGUAUUAAAGCAGAGAACAAACUGUAAGUUAUAGUUUGUGUGAAAUGUUUCUAAAUAUCAUCCCUCAGUUUGCUUUCUCAUCCCACACCAUAACCACUGCUUCUAUUUUGCAGCUAUGACAUGAUGAUGAUUCUGCCAUUUCUUAUUCUCAUCUCCCCUGAACCCACCUUCAGCUUCUUUCCUUGUCUCAUUACUGCAUUUUUCAGCCUUAUGCCAUCAUUCCUUUGUUAUUUCAUCAGACCUGCCUUUCAGGUUAACACAGACCUACCCUUUUAGGAACAGGGGAAGGCCCUUUGAGUCUGUUCCCCCAUCCUCUGCAAUCAUGUUUGAUGUAUGACCUGAUUACAUAUACAUACAUUGGCCCCGAAUUCUUAACAGCUUUUACCAAUUUCUGUUUCAAAAUUACCAAUUGAUCUUGCAUCAAUUAUUAUUCACAGGGAGAGUUUUAAACUCCUCCCACCCUAUGUGUCAAAAUAUUUCUGAAAUCUACUCCGGAGAAGUCUCGCUCCAAUUUGUCAGACAAUGACUUUGGCCCAGACUCCACAACCAGCAGAAAUAUUUUUACCCCAUCUACCACUUCGGCUCCCAUUAAUAUUUUGAAAAAUUUGAUGAAAUCAACUUUAUUUUUUUUAAAUUCCAGGAAAUAUAACGUCGUGUGUGCAAUCUUUCUUUGUCACUUAAUCCUUGGAGUCCAGGCAUCAUUCUGGUAUAUCAUUGAUCUGUCCAAGGUUAAUAUACAUUCUUAAGGAAUGAAUCUGCUCACAGGCCUCCAGGUGUGACCUAAGGCUUUGUACAUGCUGCAGUAAAUUGUAAUAGUUAGCCAUUUUGUUAUACUUCUCUCUCUCUUUAGUGCUGGAGCAGUGUAUAAAGUUAGUUCUUUAAUGCCUGCUUGCAUUUGAUCACAAAUAAGUCAUUGAGCAGUAAACGAGAGAAAGACGUGUUGUGCUAGUGUCGGGCAGAAGAGUUAAUGAAACAACUCACAAGCAUGUGUGCUCAUUAAAGUUCUCAAUUACGUAACGAAUGGCUGGCCUGAAAAGUGGAAAGAUGAGAAGUUACUGGUUUGGUGUAAACAAAUAUGACUUAGAGACUCAUAUCAUUGAGGAAAGUAAGUUAUGAAUCUCUGCCCUGAAUUUCUACUAUGGGCAGUGGGAUUUUAUCUUCAGCCUUAUUACUCUCAUCUUCUGCAUGCAGUUUCUGUUGCUAUCUGACUGAGUACAAUGCUUGACUUUCUUGUUUAAUAACAUCAACUUCUGCUUCCGCAUUUAUCAAGUGUACAUUUUCAAAUUUCCAAACACCUAAACUAGGUUUAGACCUAUAAACGUGCUUGACCAACUAUAUAGUUUAGACUUGGAGCUUUACCACAAUCUGAAGCAUUAUUGUUCCCUCCCCUUCAGUUUGCAGUCAGGGAGUGACUAACUUGCCAACGGGCACAGCAUUUUGACUGAAAAUGGGGACAUUUAAAUGUUGUAAUUAUGCUGUCAUAGAUAACAUCUGAAUUUCUGACUCUGAGAAUAUGAAUUUGGCUACAAUAGCCUCCAUCUGGCUGAAAUCUAAUGGAUCACCCUGCAGAGUCAGGAUAGGAACUCCCUUGCAAUCUACAAAUCCCUGCCAUAUCCAUGGAUGUGGCAUCAUUACAAGCUUUGCACAAGUUUGGCCUGGGAUUAUCGUUCUUUAGGUCUCCCUCAAACAGGUGUCUAAGAUUGAUUUCUAUGAUUACACAAUGCACAUUGAUAAGAGGGGGUCUUUAAUUUGACAUUUAGAUUGCCCUUGUGAAUUGUUUAUUUCCAUGGAAAACACCACUUGGAACAAGCUUAUUCUUAAAUCAUUCUGUAAUAUGUGUUGAUAAUCCCAUUAAUUUUAGAACACUGUUAAGGAGCAAGACACCAUUGUCUUACCAUAACAUAUUGCUGCUGUUUUAGGCGAAGGAAGGGGUUGAGAAGGAGAAUCAUUCACGGUAACUUUAACCAGUCUGGGAAUUGAAACCACACUGUUGGCGUCAUACUGCUUCACAAAUCAACUAUCCAGCCAACUGAGCUAAACCAGCACUCUGUAGUCCUGAGGACUACUGGACAACUUUGGCUAGACACCAACCUCAGAAGUAUUUGGUCUAUCAUGAUGAGAAAACAUUUACUUAAUCCUUAUUUUCUAGAACAAAGAAAAUUACAGCACAGGAACAGGCCCUUCAGCUCUCUAAGCCUGCUCCAAUUCAGAUCCUCUAUCUAAACCUGUCGCCUAUUUUCCAAGGAUUUGUAUCCCUCUGCUCCCUGCCCAUUCAUGCAUCUGUCUAGAUACAUCUUGAAUGACGCUAUCAUACCACCUCUACCACCUCUGCUGGCAAUGCGUUCCAGGCACCCACCACCCCCUGCGGAAAGAACUUUCCGCACAUAUCUCCCUUAAACCUUUCUACUCUCACCCUGAAAUCGUGACCCUUAGUAAUUGAGUCCCCCACUCUGGGAAAAAGCUUCUUGCUAUCCACCCUGUCUAUACCCCUCAUGAUUUUGUAGACCUCAACCAGGUUCCCCUUCAACCUCCGUCUUUCUAAUGUAAGUAAUCAUAAUCUACUCAACCUCUCUUCAUAGCUAGCACCCUCCAUACCAGGAAACAUCCUGGUGAACGUCCUCUGCACCCUCUCCAAAGCAUCCACAUCCUUUUGGUAAUGUGGCGACCUUCUAUUUCUUUGCUUUCAUCCAAGUUUGCAACCUUUGCUCAUAAUUAUACCAAUCGUCUUUGUUAGGAUUGAAUUCACUCAUUGAAUUCACCCUGAAUAUUAUUCAGCGAUAUUCUUUUCAAUGAUGUAGCCUUCUGACUCACAGUGUACCUGCAGAUGAUGUAACCUUCUGACUCAUUGUGUACCGGCUCAUCAACAUCUUUUUGUUGCACAUUGCAUUCAGUGAGAUUAAUACAUCAUCAGGUGGCCAGUAUUUAACGAAGUUAAUCUUCUCAAAACUCGCUAAUGAAGUUUAUUCAUACAUUCUAUUUCCAGAUGGCAGUGUAACAAAAUAUUUGGUUAUUGUAAUAUACCACAUAGGACUUCUACUUCUUUUGUUCUUUCGUAUCUGUCCUUCCUUUUUCCUAAUUUUCCAGUUCUGAUAAAGAUCAUCAACUGAAAACUGUUAUAUUGCCUGACCUGCUGCAUGUUUACAAUUUUUUUAAUCUGUUCAUCUUCACUGAUUCAGAUCCCCGUUCUGUUCCUUGUAGCAUGUAGUUGAAGUAGUUCUUCUUUCAUGUAGGAUUAUUGACUUAUGUAUGCUAGAUAUUCGCACCUCAGUCAUUAAUAUGUCAAUUCAGUCAUCGUUGAAUUGUUUAGCAUUUUAUGCCCAUCCCUAAUUGCCCUUGAGGGGGUGGUACUGAGCUGCGUCUUGAACUACUGCAGUCUCUGCCUUGCCAGUGCACCUACAAUGCUGUUAGGAAAGGAGGUAUUAUCGAAAAGUUCUGAGUGAAAAUGGUGUGUGGCUUGGAGGGGAACUUGUAGGUGGUGAUGUUCCCAUGCAUCUGCUGCUUCUAGGUGGUAGAAGUUGCAGACUUGGGAAGUGCCAUUUUAGGAGGUUUGACGAGUUGUUCUAUACAUAGUUGUCAUACUGCUGCCACUGUGUGACAGAGGGAGUGACUGCCUAAGGUGGUGGAAGGUGCCAAUCAUUGUUUUCAGAUUACUUCCAUAUCAUGCAGUCUUCUGGUUCUAAGAAUGAGCUGUGAGUCUCUUUUGCAACCUAUUGGGUUUGGACGGUCCUUUACAGGAGCAAUUGAACCUCUCACAACUCCAGCCUGGUGAGAAUAGUGCAGGUAGAGGAGGAGGACUGGGGGUUGCUGGGAGACUGAGAUGGAAUCCUGGGUCUGGUUGAGAUCAAAAACUCAACACCAAUCAAGAGCUCAGCCAAUCUCAUUGGAAGGCAUUAACUACACCCGUAAAGCAAUUGGUAAAUUCUUGUCAAUAUCCAUCUAGUUUCUCACAAAACUAUAUUCACUUUUUGGUAUAUUGAUAAUGACUAAUAGGGGAUUCACUUCGAUAUAUUACUAGUUUUCUAAUGCACAACUCCUUGUGUCCUUUUUGUUUAUGGCAUAUAUGCCAUUUGUCUAUUAAUUAUAACUUGGCUUGGUUUGUUUGAGUCUAAGAGAAUUGAAGCAAUGUCUCACACUGCAGAUGUACAAUGGAGUUGUAUGUUGUGUAAGCAGAAACAAGCAGCAGAGAUAAACCAAUGAGCCUCCCAUCAGGCAGUGGAAACAAUUCCAUCUGAAAGUGAACACAUGAUCCUGGGUGGCACACCUCUAGAGGUGGUGAAUCAGAGAUGGAGGGAGUGAAUGUUUAAUAUGGUGGAUGGGGCAAUGAUCAAGAGGUCUGCUUUUGGGUGAUGUUGAGUUUCUGGCAGCUUUUUUGGAGCAUUGAGAAACACCUUCUGAACAGUUCUGGGAGAAUCAGGCUGAGACUAUGAAGGGCUAUUUCCAAAACACAUGGGUAUGUUUAUAUCUGCCGCCUCUCUGCCCAUCUAUUUCUUCUCUGUCAGCUGCUUGAUAGACACCAAUGUAAAUGGCUUAUUUCAACAACAGCUUCUCAUUUGG